AGUUGGCUGGUUGGUUAUAGCUCUGGCUGCCUAUGGCUUUUGCUGACAAUUCUUCGAUGGUAACUUGGAGGAUUUUCUUCACCGACUUGGUUGCCAAGAAGUCAGUUAAUUGUUGGACAUUCGCUGGUAUGGUUGGAAAGUAAAAUAUACCUACUUUUCACACUACAUACACGGACUUCGCAGUUUUUGGCUUAACACCGAAAGACUUGUCGCUCAAAAAAAUAACAGAAUUUUGUAGUUUCGUUUUGGUCGUGGCGUGGAUUUUGUAUCUGAAAUUGAAAUUUGAUUGAAUUAACAAUAAUUAUUAAAUUUAAAUAACAAAUAUGAUAAAAGUGUCGGGGUAAAUUAAUUUUUUGAUCAAGGAAGUGCAUUCAAAAUUAAGUUAAGGCCGAUCGACGACGACGUCGCUUCUUGAUUAACAAAAAGAAAGCCAUAAUCCCAAAAGUAUCUCUAAGAGUGCAUGUGUUGAAUUUAAAUUGAAAUUAUUUUUUUUUUAUAAAAAUUUGUGAUCAGAAUUGAAAGUAAGAAAUUUUAAUUGUUUUUCACUCUCAUUCCAAAAAAGAAACAAGCCUUUGAUAUCCUCGAAAAAUAUUUCUUCAGAUCUAUCUCAAAAAAUUAAAGAUCCAGUGACGUUGCGUUGCAUUGGUUUUAAGCGCGCGUAUAGCUAAUCAGAUCGGUAAACUUUUUUAGUGCAUUACUUGUCGCUGGUGUUGUUGUUGUCUUAUUAUUUCUUAUCCGUUACCAUAAUUGGAUUAAUUAAGAGCCAAACUAACAUCAUGAUUAUAAGAAUAUUUAUCUUAGCUGUGGCAUUAGCCAGCGUGAAUGUUGCAAGAGGACAGUUUCAUCCCUUUGGACAGAAUAUAAACACAGAAUAUGGACAGGAUUGUGCGCUUAUGUUAUCUGGACCUGGAAGAUCAUCAGUCUAUGAUUACAAUGUUAAUCUUUUUAGAGGAACAGUAAAUCCAUAUCAUGGCGAUAACAAUUGUAUAACAUAUGAUGCAGUAAAUGCAGCUUACUUGGAUGCAAGGAAAAGAAUUCAUGUUUCAGCACCAAAAGGUGAAUGGAAGACCGAAGAUAUUGCAACAGUUGGAGAAUUAUUAUUGGAUAUUUCCAUACAAUUAGCAAGAACUUAUGGCCUAUCCUAUGAAGAAAUUGAAAAGGGAUUACCAACCAUUGAUACAUCCAAAACCCUUAUUCGAGAAGUUUGCCCGCCAUUCUUUUCGGUAGUUGAAUGUCGCCCAGGGAAAUAUCGUCGAUAUGACGGUUUAUGCAACAACAUCGAGCAUCCAACAUGGGGAGCAACAAUGGCACCAUUCCAACGUUUGGUCGGGCCUCUAUACUCGGAUGGUAUAAAUGCACCAAGAAUUUCCGUCACCGGAAGAGAUCUGCCCUAUUCUCGUGUUGUAUCACGUACCAUGCACCCAGACGAUGGAUUCCACGAUCAUGCCGGAACUGUGAUGGUUAUUGCUUGGGGACAAUUUAUGGAUCAUGACUUCACGCUCACUGGCACUCCACUUGAUCCAAUCAACCGUAACGAUCCGGAGGAAUGCUGCAAGCGGCCAUUGCACUUGAAACACCCAUAUUGCAAUGAAAUUCGUAUUCCUGAUGAUGAUUAUUUCUAUAGACUGUUCAAUGUCAAGUGUAUUGAUUUUGUCCGUGGAUUUCCUUCACCCAGGCCUGGAUGUAGAUUGGGUUCUCGCCAACAAUUCAACACACUGACCGGUGUCAUUGAUGCAAAUACUGUCUAUGGUGUAAAGGAACACUUCGCCCGCAAACUCCGCACCGGCUACGGUGGUCUCAUGCGCAUGAAUCCAGUUUUCCAAGAAUAUGGCCUUAAAGACUUACUACCACUUAAGUUAGACAUUCCGGACGAAGGUUGCACCAGACCCAACAAAAGUAUGUUCUGUUUCGAAGGUGGCGAAAUUCGUGUCAACGAACAACUUGUUCUCACCUGCAUGCACACCCUUAUGGCACGCGAACACAAUCGCUUGGCUACCGCUCUGGCUGAAAUCAACAAACAUUGGGACGACGAGACGCUGUUCCAAGAGGCAAGACGCAUUAACAUUGCCAUCGUCCAACAUGUUACAUUCAAUGAAUUUUUGCCAAUUCUUCUGGGCAAAGAGAUAAUGGAAAAGUUCGGUUUGGUCUUACAAAAGGAUGGCUAUUGGGAUGGCUAUGACCCUAAGGUUAACCCAGGCAUAAUUGAUGCUUUCGCCGGUGCUGCCUUCCGCUUCGGCCACUCCCUAUUACCCACUGCUGUUGAACGUUGGUCGAAGGCACACAAAUUUAUUGCAUCCAAGAGAUUGUCCGAUUUGAUUCGUCGUCCGUAUGAUCUGUACCGCGCCGGUGUACUUGAUGAGUACUUCAUGGGCUUGAUGAACCAAGUUGCCCAAGCCAUGGAUGACUCAAUAACCCAAGAAGUCACGAAUCAUCUAUUUAAAAAGGAAGGUGCUAGAUUCGGUAUGGAUUUGGUUUCGUUUAACAUGCAGCGUGGUCGUGAGUUCGGCUUACCUGGUUACAUGGAGUUCAGAAAGUUCUGCGGUCUGCCGACCUCGAACACGUGGGAUGAGAUGUUCGGUUCAAUGCCGAAUGAGACAAUUGUCAGAUAUGAAAGUAUUUUUGAACAUCCAGCGGAUAUUGAUUUAUGGUCGGGUGGUGUGUCGGAAAAGUCACUGCCUGGAUCUAUGUUAGGCCCUACUUUCGCUUGCAUAAUCGCCACCCAGAUGAGCUACGUUCGGCGAGGUGAUCGUUUCUGGUAUGAGAUGCCAAAUCAACCAUCAUCAUUUACGCCCGAACAAUUACAGGAAAUUAGAAAGGCGAAACUUUCACGUUUGAUUUGCGAUAAUACAGAUUUAAUAGAUACUAUUCAAAUCUAUCCAAUGGUGCUACCUGAUCAUGAAAUCAAUCCAAGGGUUCCCUGCAAGAGUGGAGUGAUUCCAUCAAUAAACAUCUCCAAGUGGGCAGAUUACAGUGGAUCGGAUUACUCGCCGCCAGUUUAUAACUUCCUGAAUGAAAUCCCUGACACAUUGCUGAAGAAGAAAUAGAGACUCGUCUAAAAUCUACAUUAAUGUAAAUCCAUCAAUAGACGUGAUAUCCUGCUCUCUAAAUUAUAAAAGCGAAAAACAUAAACUCAUAUCAUGAAGUCAUUAAAACCAUUUUAGACUUAAAGAAGAACAUUGACAAGAAUUGAAAGAAAACUCUGCAAGACCACAUUUUAUGGGAAGAAGUCUUCCAUUUACAUUUUAUUUAAGAGUUAAUUUAAACACAAGAAUCAAAAAGUAGCUCAAUAUUCUUUUCUAUUAUCUAAGCUCUCUUUCUAUUAUAAUAUUUUAUUAUGGUUUAGUUUUGAUGCAGAAGAAUUUAUUCCAUAUCUACUAAAGUUUUUGAUAAUUGUUUUAUUUUAAUACAUAUUUCAAUUUUCCUCUCACAAUUCUAUUCAAUUUUAUACGUAAUCUAAGUCACCUUAAAUUUUACUAAGCUGAUAUUCCUUUUUACUUACUAUAAACAAUUAUUGUCCUUUUAUUAAUAUUAAAAUAUUUCAUUUCUUUCAUGGAGACUUAAGUUUUCGAAAAUGUAUCAAGAAUUAAUUAAACAUAAAGAUAUCAGCAUUAUUUUGUAACUUGCAGCCAUUUAAGAUUAUAUUUAUAAACAAAAUUAGAAUUAUACUGAUUUUGUUUGGUUGAUUUCUGUUUUUAUUAUUGAAUGUCUAGAGUAAUUGUUUUUGUUUGUCAUAUUAUUUUUG